UCCGCGGCCGAACCUGGUUCCGCGUCGCGGGGCGAGCGGGCGGGAGCGGCCGCAUGGAGCGCGGGGUGGUGCGGCGCCUCGCCGCCCGGCUGGGCCUCACCGAGCCCGGCGUCGUCAGAAAAGCUGAAGAGUAUCUGCGGCUGUCCCAGGUGAAAUGCACAGGAUUGAUGGCUCAAAUGACAGUGACAAGCAGUGCUGUGAUGUGCCUGGACCUAGCAGCUAGUUUCAUGAAACAACCAGUUGACAAAAGCUAUUUUGUUAAACUCUCCGGUUUGAAGAAGACAACCUACCAGAGCUCCAUGAAGUCUUUGGAGUGUUUGCUAGAGGUGAACCCCAGAUUGGGAAUGCGAGACUUGGCUGUGCAAUUCUGCUGCACAGAGGCAAUGAGCACCGCUUCAAAAAUACUACAGAGGUAUGAAUCCAGCCUCUCUGAAGCACAGCAAAUGGACCUUGAUUUCUCAAAACCACUUUUUGUAACAGCUGCACUAUUCACUGCAUGCAGGUGUUUGAAGCUAAAAGUGGACAAAACUAAAAUGUUGGCUAUGUCUGGGGUGAAAAAAGCAAUCUUUGACCGGCUGUGCAGUCAGCUGCAGAAGAUAAGCCAGCAACUCAGCAAAGAUGUUCCACUGGCUGCAGAGACAGCUGAGAGCUUGAACGCCAACCUGGAGCAUUGUGAGAAGGAAGAUGGAUCUGAAGAUGAUAAGGAGAUGCCAUGUAAACAGCCAAAGACUGAAACAAAGCAAGACUAUGAAGAAUGGAAAAAGAAAAUCCUAGAAAAUGCUGUUAAGGCACAAGACAAGUAGGAGUACUGUCUCUGUAGUGCCACCUAGUAAUAUCACUGCUGCUUGCUCACAGUUUUAACUUUCCCUCUGCUCUAACAAGAGUUCAGUGGCAUGAGUGAUGGCUGCCUGGUAGCCAGCUAAUUUUAUUUAUGAGCUAGUUUUUAAGUAUUUAAGAAUGCUAUUUUUAGUAAAUGACAUCAGAAUUGAGGUGAUUUUACAAGAAGCCUGACUACUUGCCAGGUGGGUACUGGAGCAGCUAUGGCACUAGGUGGUAGAAUAGCUUCAUUUCUCUUGCUGCAAGAAGCAGGUAACACUCUAAUGCUGUGUUAAGUGUAAAUAAGUUGUAAGUUACAUGCCCUUGUGCCCCUUGCUGGAAGUAGUCAGUGAAAAAAGAGGGAGGAGACUAAUGGUGUCUUGUUACACUGCAAAAUCAGCAGAGGAAUUAUAAGACUGAUAACUUUUUUAUUUUUUUACUGUUGAAGAAAUAUUGUUUAGUCACUGAAUUAGACUUAUUUCUAUGACCUGUAUGGGACUGAAGUCUCUUGUGCUUGUAACAGGUCCCAAAUAUUCCAAGAAACAAUAAAGAUAGUAGGAGAAAAAGCUUUGUAUUAUAUCAGGUUCUUGGCACUUGUCAUAUAUAAAACCCUUAGAGCACAAAAUAAAAGACAUACAGGAGAUGUCUGUUCUUUAAGGAGGAAGAUACCCAGGGGACAAGGAUCUUGUCUGGGUAAUACAGGUUUUUUUGCAUCUCACAGUCACAAACUUAGCAAAGAGGAGAGAAUGCCCUGCCCUGUAGUUCUUAGAGGCAACUUCUCUGGUCCUACACUUGCAUCCCAGCUACUCAAACUACAAUUUG